UAUGGAUUUGAGUCGGUUAUUUUCACCAUGCAUUAUUCCGUAAUCUUCGUGUACGCAGCUACGUUGGCACUUUUGUUGGCGAAGAGAUAUAUCACUUUGAAUGAGGCCUUCCGAAUGUACUUCCCAGUAAACUCCGUGCCGAACGUAUUUUCGAAAACGACGGGCUAUCUGGAAAUGAUGGUAUGCAGCGAGAGGGAGCAGCUCUUAGCCUUGAGGCAAAUAAAAGUUCUUCAUGACAAGCUCAACGACGUGGUGGAACUGGUGAAUUACUGCUUCUCUGUUCAGAUAACAUUUUGCGUCGGUUUGUGUUUCGUGAUUGGCGUUGUCUGUUCGUUCGGUCUGUUCAAGACGUUGCUAUAUUGGGACGAGAUGUAUUAUAUGGGCCUGCUGAAUUUCGUUUGGUACUUGUAUUAUCUAUUCUUCGUACUGUUCUUUAUCGCCGUAGGCAGCAAAGUAACGAGGGAGGGAAAGCAGAUGGGAGUUCUGGUUCACAAAGCCAUCAACUGCUCUACUUCAAGUGUGGUAAUUAACGAGUUGAACAUCUUUUCGCAGCAAUUGCUCCACCGAAGUCCAGUCAUCACCUGUGGAUUAUUCGUGUAUGAUUGGACAUUGCUUUACACGAUGAUUGGCGCAACUGCUACUUAUCUAAUUAUUUUGAUACAGUUUGAUAUAUCGUUUCCGAAUUCAAUAAACCAAAACGAAACGGUUUCAUUGCAGGGCUGAAAUAAUGCUUCAAAUUAUAAGACAUGGGAAAUCAGUGAAAAUAUUAUUGUCUAA